GGGCUAUAAUGUCUAUAGCUUUCAAAGAGGGUCUGAAGAUCCCACCCCCGGCGCUUAAUGAAGUCAUCCUGGCGUCCAAUCAUGAUAUUCGUCAGGUACUGCAUAAUCUAAGCAUGUGGUCAGCUAAAGACAAAGUCAUGACCUAUGACCAGGCCAAAGCUGAUGCUAACAAUGCUAGGAAGGACAUGAAACUGGGUCCAUUUGAUGUGUGUCGGAAGGUGUUUGCUUCAGGAGAGGAAAGCGCCCACAUGACUUUGAUUGACAAAUCAGACCUUUUCUUCCAUGAUUACUCUUUAGCACCACUAUUUGUUCAGGAAAACUACCUGCAUGUCCGACCAGCCGCUGCUGGGUGAGUUUUAGACGUGCACACAAGGGCUGGGUGAUUUUAUAUUUCAGUAUCUUCCCAAGUUUUUACAAUAUUCAAUAUAUAUCUCAAUAUUUUGCAUUUUCCCUUUGAUAAUUUAAAAAGUGAUUGUUGCUUGU